GCUCAAAAUCUAAAAUCAAUGGCUUAAAUUGUUUAUACACUUCAUUUUUAGAAACAAGAUGAUUUAUGAUUUUGGUAUUAUUUAGAUUGUGUGGUUGAUUACAGUUUGAUUUUGUAUAAUAAUAGUCUUCUGUAAAUUGAUUUUUCAUUACUUUUUUAUAGUUUUAUAGUUUUUUUAGAUAACCAACCAUAUGUUUCGAAAAUAAGCAAUAAUGUUUCAGAAGGCUUAUUGUCGAGUUUUAAUUCUAAUGUCAAACAAUCUGCAGGAGAUAUUGAAUUCCAAAAUUAUGUUAACAAAAAUAUGGCUUUUCUGAAAAUAGAAUUGAAACAAAUUCAGAGAAGUCAACUAGUUAUUUUGGAACGUCUAGACUCAAUACAGUUACAAUUAGAAGAUCAGCCUCGGGUCUAUAACAAAAAUAUUUCAAUUAACAAGUUGAAUGAGUGUUCAUUACCAAUUGAUAAUAUUACAGAUUUACAAACGUUUGAAGGCAAAAUUGCUGGUGAUAGCGAAUUUAGAACAUGUUUGGUUAAGGAGCUUACAUAUAGAUAUAUAGGUGGGAAACAUAUCAAAGCAAUGGUACGGCGAAUAAUGGCAAAAUUGUGCACCGAUGUAUUACUGCAACACUAUUCCUACAAUGGAUUCGUUGAGUAUUUGUUCUAUUAUAUUUGAGGCUGUAAAAAAACAGGUAUAAUUUAAAAAUGUAUGCCGAGAUGAAAUUGAAGAAACCAUAAAAUAUGUUUUGGUUCAAGCCCCAUUUACCAUCAAAAGACUUCUACAAAAGACAAAUA